AUGGAAGGGAAUGGUAAUCUAUCAAAUAUCAUCACUACAUUUAUUAUUAUCGGAUUCCCCUCUUCUCAUUCUAUUCAGAUUCUCUUCUUCUUCAUUUUUCUCUUCAUGUACAUCUUGACCACAGUUGAAAAUCUUCUAAUAAUUAUCAUCAUCUGGAACAGUCGAAAUCUACACAAACCCAUGUACUUCUUUCUUGGAAACCUGUCCUUCUUGGAAGCAUGGUAUGUAACAGUCACAGUUCCCAAGCUACUAUCUAUAUUUUUGACAGAAAAUAGGCAGAUUACAUUCACAGCCUGCAUGACACAACUUUACUUUUUCCUCUUCUUGGGCUGUGCUGAAUGUGUCCUCUUAACAGUUAUGGCAUUUGAUCGAUUUGUAGCUAUCUGCUACCCUUUACAUUACAUCACUAUAAUGAACUGGAAUUUUUGCUUUGUUCUGGCGUUCUGCACCUGGUUUACUGGCUUUGUGAUAUCUCUGAUUAAGAUUUAUUACAUUUCUCAGCUUACUUUUUGUCAGUCAAACUUGGUCAACCACUUUUAUUGUGAUGUGUCUCCACUACUCAAUUUGGCCUGCACAGACAUGAAGCAAACUGAAGUUGUAGACUUUAUUCUUGCCCUAAUAAUCCUUUUAGUACCACUCUUACUUACUUGCCUUUCAUAUAUGUGCAUUUUGGCAACAAUAAUUCGAAUCCCAAAUUCCAGUGGCCGUAAAAAAGCUUUCUCCACUUGUGCUUCUCAUUUGGUUGUUGUUGUCAUCCUCUAUUCAACCACCCUUUUUAUGUAUGCUAGGCCAAACAAGGCUCAGUCUGUAAAUUUCAACAAACUGGUAUCUGUUGUUUACACAGUGGUGACGCCUUUCCUCAAUCCGAUCAUCUAUUGCCUAAGAAACAAGGAAGUGAAGGAGGCCAUCUACAAGCUUCUCUUUAGAAACUGA